AUGGUGAGGGAGAACGCGAUCCCCCCCAAAACCCUCCGCGAGACUCUCGGGGGCGCCGCUGGGGACGAGAGCAUCGCUUUCGGCGAGGCCCUCGCGCACGCCGGCGGCAUGAAACCCCAUUUCCACGCUGGCAUCCCACACGGCCACGUAGGGCAAGAGGGGAUGUCGAAGAUCGCGGAUCUUCCUGCUGCGCCCAUGAACGUCCACGCAGGCACGAAGAUAUCUUACUUCGGGGACCUGCUGAUGAACCAGGCUUACGAGGAGAUCAAGGGCCCUGACGGGAAAACGGUCGGUGUCCUCACUGACUGGAAGGGCCCCCAAGGGCAACCGUGCCGUUUGGACGUGGUCAAGGACCUUGCCACGAAGUCCAAUUUCAGUAGCCUCCCUCCACCGUUCAACCUCAAGAGCCAAACUGAUGGGCCGCACGUCACGCAGACGUUCGUCGCGGGCGCUGGCGAGGGCAAAGUGUUCAUUCUCAGGGGCGUUGGCCUGAAGGGCCAGUUCCUGAAGAUGGCCAAUCCAAGCCGCAUUGCGAUCCGUUAUCUCCUGGAGAAACUCGGCUGCCUACAGAUUCGCUUGCCCGCGCUGACCGCCACGGCGAAGCCUGGCAAGCGUUCGACCGAGCGGGGUCAGAAGCAGGAGGGGCACGGCAACAUCGAGAAGAAGGGUCCGAAGAGCAACAACCGCAAUCAGUUCAUGGAGUUCGCGGACAGGGACAAUCUUCGACCGCGCGGAGACCAACGACCCUCAGUCAAAAUCUACGGUUGGGAAGAGCCCCGCGUGGCCCGGGCGCUGCGGAACCAUGCGAGCGGGCGCGUCAACGCCAAGCGCCUCUCUGUCUGGGUGCUCACGCUGAAGGACUUCGAGCCGCGGUUCAUCAACGAAGUGCUCGCGAAGAACCCACCAACUCUUCGCCGCCACGGCGUGCCCUGGAUCGGCAAGGCAAGCGCGGGGAAGCCGGCGGCGUCGAAGACACUUGCGUUCUUGAUGCCCAUGCUCGAGAUCGAUGCCCUCGAGGGCGAUGUCAGAGAGGGCGCGCCCGAGCCUUCAAUUGCCACCGCCAAGCAUUCUGAUUUCUUCGAGGGCGAGCCCGCGGAGAGGGCGCCGCCCGCGGUGUUCGGCGACGGGGACUUGCACGAGCAGGACGCGCCCGCGUUGAAGGCCUUCCUCAACCCGAGCGAGGCCGCGAACAACAGCUACGACAAUGCCUCGGAGAAGCGGUUGGUGGCAGAAUGGCACCAGAAGAAACCAAUGGAUAUCACGAUCCAGCAGAUCAUGGAUCUCAUCGCGCCCUCCAGGAAGCUGAUCACGGUGGAAGAGGACAUGAAGGCCCUGCUCGCGAGGGCCCACGUCGUCGUCACCACGGACACUCGCGUGCAUUUCCGCUUGGCAUCCGAUGAGUUUCCAGAGGGCGGCGCCGUGCCCUUCUACUUAUACAGCAAGAAGUCAAAGCCUGGCCUCUUCAAUUACUCACCAGAGGCGCGCGCGUGCUUCGGCAUGCACAACGGCGACCCGAUCUCUCCGAACAACUACCCGCCCGACGUCAAGGAGAAGGCGGAGCGGCCCCUGAAUUUCGCGAAGCGCCUGAUGCGCG